AUGGUGAAUCUGGUCGAUACACUUAUGAUAAAUACGGUGACGGAGGGAGCUAUGAAUAUUUUACGAAAUAUUGGAGUAUUUAAAAGUAAAUCUAUAGAAUCACCACCAGCCACCAUAAUCAUUAAAAUGCCACUUUGGGAAUUAGCACAACAGGCUGGACCCUUUGUAAGGAUAGCAGGCUUAAGUGGAGCUGCAGCUGUUGUUCUAGGUGCAAUGGGGGCUCAUCGCACUUUCUCAGAAACUGAGACUAAGGAAGACCUAAAGAAGAUAUUUGAAACUGCCAACAGAUUUCACUUUCUGCACACUUUAGCCUUAAUGACAGUCCCCUUGUGUAGGAGACCUUACAUUGCUGGUUCUUUCUUCAUAACUGGCAUGGGUCUCUUUUGCGGCACAUGUUACUAUCACGCAUUUACAGGAGAGCGUGCACUUAGGAGACUCACACCCAUUGGAGGUUCCUGUCUAAUUCUUGGCUGGCUGGCUAUGGUAUUGUAA